ACAUUACGAACGUUUUAAUUUGGUGCAAUUUCCAUUUGGUGAAUACAUUACGAGUGGAAAUUAUAGCUCAACAAAAUCGUUGGUUCUCACAAUCCUGUGAUGAUGCUAUGAAUACUGAAAAUAGGGAAGUUUUACAAUCGAUAACGACAUGCACUAAUGUAGUAUCGAAAAAAAGAGAAAGAAGCAAUGAUAUGGGCUCUCUAAGUAGAGAAGAACGUAGAAGAAGACGUAGAGCUACUCAAAAAUAUCGAACAGCACAUGCUACCAGGGAACGAAUAAGAGUAGAAGCGUUUAAUGUUGCUUUCGCGGAACUACGGAAACUUCUACCAACUUUACCGCCCGAUAAAAAGUUAUCCAAAAUAGAAAUUUUAAGACUUGCGAUUUGUUACAUAGCUUAUCUAAAUCAUGUGUUGGAUGUUUGAAUACAGAAUAUUCGAUAGCAUCUUAUGAAAUGUAAAUAAAAUUUGUGAAA